AUGGUGAAACACUUUGAUGUACAAUCGACCUCCCGCAUCCCCGCUUCCCCUGGUGUCGACCUAACACCGAAGCGAGAUGACGAGAAGGGAGGGAAGUGGCCGGUGAGGGAGGCCAUCGGCAGCAUGAUGUGGGUGUCAACGUUCUCGCGUCCAGACGUCUCGUUCGCCGUGCGUGCGGUAACGCGCCACGUCCACGCCCGGCGAAGAGGGCUGGCCGUGUACUGGGAUGUCAUCCGGAAGAUCCUCGGCUACUUGAAGGAGAAGAGGGACCUCGGCAUCACCUACCAACGGGGAUCGUGGUUAGGGCUGGCCGUGUACGUACACGCCAGCUACGCCGACACGGAGGAUAAGCGUUCGGUGUCAGGGUUGGCGACGACGGUUGGAGGUACCGUAGUCAGUCAUGGUAGCAAGACACAGAGCAUCGUGUAUUUGUCGUCGACGGAAGCCGAGUACAUUGUUGCCGGGGAGGACGUCAAGGAGGCGUUGUUUGUGCGUGCUGUGCUUUCGUUUGUUACCCCAGAGACCAGUGGUAGCAGCAUCCAGGUCCUUGAGGACAACCAGGGGGCCAUAGCGUUGGUGCAGAACCCCCUCAGCUCAGGUCGCACGAAACACAUCGACGUGAGAUUUCAUUUCAUCCGCGGAUUGUUUAGUUCGGGGGAUAUUUCGGUCAAGUCCGUUCCGACAACGGAGCAACACGCGGACCUCCUAAUCAAGGCCUUUAGCAGGGCGAAUCUGCAGUACCACCGGCGCAAGUUGAUGAAUUUGCCGGAGUGGAAACGCAACCAGAAGGAAAGGGGAGACUUCGCCGACACGGAAAAAGCGGAUCCGGAGGGGGUGGGGCUGCGGAUGAAAGACGCGACCGGGUGGCGAGUAAGGCGAUGCCUCGAAAGGGUCAUGCGGCCUACCCGGGGGGGCCAGGGGAAGGAGGCGUCUUCCUUGUCGGCGGCUCAAGACCGCUUGACCAAGGUCCACGCUGGCAACCGUCAGCGCCGGGAGCAGCACGACAAGGACAAGGCGCGGCGCCAGCGGGCCCGUGUAGCUGACGGCCUCCGGGUUGAACGCUCAAGGGGCCCUGCCGCUGCUAUCCCGCCGGAGCCGGUGUCGUCGCCGCCGGCCGCUCCUUCAUACGCGACUGCUGCUGCGAGCCCGGCGACCCGCUCCAGUGGACACUCCUUGGUGUUCAAGAACGGAGACGACCUUUUCGCCAAAGGUCGGCUGUCCGAUACGGUCCAGGCAGCCCAAUUCAACUUCCGCUCGGCCGACAGGGAACGCGUCCUCCUUACGGCCACCCGCGUGGCCGUCGACGUGCCGGUCGGAGCGACCGUCUCCGAUGCUGUGCACGCCGCAAAACACAAUGCGGAGCUUCACGGCAAGGUGGAACUCCUGGUCUCCGCUCUUCGGGCGGCCCACGGCCGCGUGACCCAACAGGUCCAGUGGCUAGGGUGCACCAUACCAUCUGCUGCAGCUCUGGCGCCUGUUCCGUCCGCCACCACCUUCGACCUCCCGCCUCCGCCGAAACAGCACAAGGCCGGUGCUAAGAGUGGUGGGCGUGGGCCGGGUAAGGGGUCAGGGGGCAGCAGUUCUGGCGGCGAAAACGACUCCAACGGUUGGUGUCGCUCCAACGAUUCCGGAGCUGGCCGGUGCCACCAAGGAGGCCGCCCGCGGGACGCAUCUUCGGAUCGGCGCCAAGCGGGAGGCCACCAGCGUGAUGCUGUUCUGACCAGCGCCAGCGUGGCCGUGCUCCUGCUGCUGCCGCCUCUUCUUCAUCUUCGUCCUCCGGGCAGAAGAAGAAGGUUCGGAGGGGCGCCCGCCCCGCCGAUUCGGUCAGCGGAACCAGCUUUGGCUCCGCUUCGGAAAACAGUCUUACUCGGAAGGCUCCCGCUGGCAAACGGGAUGACUCAGGUCUUUCCGCUUCCGGGCAAGUGGUACCGUCGUUAA